AUGUGGGUUUUCGGCUAUGGGUCCCUCAUCUGGAAGGUGGAUUUCCCCUAUCAGGACAAACUGGUCGGGUCCAUCACAGGCUACAGCCGGCGCUUCUGGCAGGGCAGCACCGACCACCGCGGGGUCCCCGGCAAGCCUGGAAGAGUUGUGACUCUUGUUGAAGAUCCUGGGGGUUGUGUAUGGGGUGUUGCAUACCGACUACCAGCAGGAAAAGAAGAGGAAGUGAAAGCAUAUCUGGAUUUCAGAGAGAAAGGAGGCUACAGGACUACAACAGUCAUUUUCUACCCAAAAGAUCACACCAUGAAACCAUUCAGUGUACUAUUAUAUAUUGGAACAUGUGAUAAUCCUAAUUACCUUGGUCCAGCCCCUCUAGAAGACAUUGCUGAACAGAUUUUUAAUGCAGCUGGUCCUAGUGGAAGAAAUACUGAAUAUCUUUUUGAACUUGCAAAUUCCAUCAGGAAUCUUGUGCCAGAAGAUGCAGAUGAGCAUCUCUUUUCCUUGGAAAAAUUAGUAAAAGAACUUUCUGAACGAAAACAGAACCUCAAUUGCAUAUAAAGAGAUAAUCAUUGAUUUUGCAAACAAACAUUGCAUCUUCAGGGUAAUGGUUUCUCCUACAUGUCAUUUAUAAUCUUUUUCUUAAUGGUGUGUUCAAAUAACAUAGUUUGCUAUUUGUAGUCUGCAAAUGGAAAAACUACAUACACAUCUGUGUUCAAGCAUUUGUAAAAGUCCCCAGCUAAUCAGAUUUAAAUAACGUCCAGUCUCUUAAGCUAUAAGACAGAGACUCUUUUUUUCCAUUAGGAAUAUAUUCUUGUUUAGAAAUAUACAGCUAAAGAAAUCAAUAUGCAUCCUGUUUUGAGAAUGUUAAACAAAAUACAAAUUUUAACUUUGGUGAGAAAUUUGGUGAGAAACAAGAUAACCUGAGGAUUCUUGCUAUGUUUUAGCCUUAGAAAGUAAAGUAGUUUUCUAAUAUCACAUCUUUCCCUUCACUAAUUUGGAAGCAUGAAAUAGUAGGUAAGUUUGUCCUUUGAUACAAGUGUAGAAAUAGCUGUAUCUUGCCAUCAAUUGUGGAAAAACAAUCUCUACAUCUACCAACCUGCCAAGUUAAUACUAUUUUGAAAUUACUGGAGAACCAAACUGAAACCUGAAAUUCUGUAGCAUGUAUCUAUGCUUGUAAAAUUAAUUCUGUAACAAACCAUGGUUAAAAAUGCAAAAACUUAAGACUAGCAUGUGAUUGUUAUAUAUAGUGUAAUAAACACAAAGAUUUCAGUCCUCA